AUGUACCCCGGCCACAACGACGACAGCGCCUAUGGCCACUACUGGUCUGGAGGUGACUCAGCCCCUGGCGAGAGUCUUUUUGCGACCACAAUGAGGGACAUGGAAAAACAGUUCUUCGAUACCUUUCCGGCAGCUCGAAUGGCGCUCCUGGCCAACAAUUGGGACAUGACCCAGGAGCCUGCCUGUCCGGCAGAUUCAUAUCCUUAUAUUCAUGAAACUGCUGCUUCGGAGAGCGAGUACCCCAGCUCGUUGAACAACGAGGGGUUGCACAUUCCGUCCCUUCCCAUCACAUACGACUCCUACACCCACAUGCGGGUCGACGAUUCGAAUAACGGGUCGCUGCAGGCGUCGUCUCCAUCCUCCUUUGCGAAUGGGCGACCACAGAAUCCAACACCCUCCCUGGGCAACUCAAGUUUGGAUACAGCUGCCUUCCAGAUGUCAGAAACCUCCGCGGCUGGGUCAACCUUGAGCUACUCUGACCGGGGGCACGUUCCAUCGCAAGACGUCCCCAUCGUCCCGUCUCAAGAUUAUCCACCUCCCUCCGAAGCCGCGUUCUCGCCUUACUCUGACCAGACGCCCGGUCAUUCUCGGCAGACUAAUGGCCGAUACCUAGAGCCUGCAAUGGGCUCGUUGGAACAGCCGAUGAGCGCUUCGGGCUCGCGGUACCCACAAGGCCCCCAGCCACUACAAUCUCAGCAUAUAGUCCCUAAUCCCAACCUUCCCGUGCAACAGAUUGUUAUUGUGGACCGCCCACCGAUGCCUUCGACCUAUUCCCCGUCCUAUACCCUGCAACCCGACGCCUAUUCCCCACCACCACCUACUUCCUACGAUACGAAACCCGCUUACAACGCAACACAUCAAACCCAAUAUACCGGGUCACCCGGUUCGUAUAGUCACCAUGCUUCGCGUGACGAUUCCAACGUAGUACCCCCGAGCUGGUCCCCACCAUCCACAGUGGUCAAACCUGAAUCGUCUCCGUCACCCAUGGGCCAACCAGCCCCGAUUGAAUCUGAGGAAACAGCGUCCACCACGCCCAGCAACACUGGCACGAAGUCUAAACCGGCCAAAAAGAACGGGGACAAGAAGCCCCCUCUUGCCUGCUUGUUUUGCCGAGGAAGAAAGAUCGCCUGUGGUGCACCCGUGCCAGGCGGAGAUGAGAAUACGUGCAAGUAA